AUGACUGAUGCAGAACUGUUUGUAGCAGAUGGCAAUCAGGAAUUAUUUCCCUGUGAAGUCUGUGGAAGACGCUUUGCAGCAGAUGUUCUGGAAAGGCAUGGACCAAUAUGUAGGAAACUCUUCAACAAAAAGCGUAAACCUUUCAAUUCCUUAAAACAAAGAUUACAGGGCACUGACAUUCCCACUGUGAGGAAGGCCCCCCAACCCAAGGCUCAACCGGCGAGGAAAUCUAAUUGGCGACAACAGCACGAAGACUUCAUAACCGCCAUUCGAGCAGCAAAGCAGUGCACGCUGGCCCUGAGGGAGGGCCGGCCGCUGCCCCCGCCGCCCCCUCCGUCUGUCAACCCAGAUUAUAUUCAGUGUCCAUACUGUAAGAGGAGGUUUAAUGAAACUGCUGCCAAUCGACAUAUUAAUUUUUGCAAGAAUCAGUCUUCUCGCCGAGUCUUUGAUCCAGCCCAGACAGCGGCCAAAUUAGCAUCCAGAGCACAGGGUCGGCCUCAGAUGAGUCCGAAAAAGGACCCAACUGUGACCAGAGCCGUGGGAACUCUGCUACAGAACAGGGCCCUGGAGGGCCCCAGUGUGAUCUCAGUUGGGUCGGGUGAAUUAGCAGUGGACCCUGCUUCUGGAGCAAAACUCAGACCAGGAUUUACUAAAUCUCCUAAAAAAGAUUAACUCUUCGAG